CCACCACUGUCUCACCUUUAUAAAACCAUGCUUGUUGAUCCUAAAUUUCACCACAAUUAAUUGUAUCGAAGAACUCCUGUUGAGAACGAAGUUUCUUGAGUUUGAUCAUCGACCAAGCAUGCAGCUUAACUUAACUUCCAUCAAAACCUCAUCUGAUGGAGCCUGGCAAGGAGAUAAUCCUCUGAACCAUGCCUUUCCGCUAUUAAUACUUCAAACAACCCUAGUGCUCUUCAGCACUCGCUUCCUCGCCUUCCUUCUCAAGCCCCUCCGACAACCCAGAGUCAUUGCUGAAAUAAUAGGUGGAAUUUUGCUUGGACCUUCUGCUCUUGGCCGAAACAAGCACUUGUUUCGAUUAGUGUUCCCUUCAUGGAGCACUCCCAUACUUGAAUCUGUGGCUAGCAUUGGCCUUCUUUUCUAUCUUUUUCUUGUAGGUCUCGAACUUGAUUUUAGCUCAAUUCGACAGAGCGGCAAAAGAGCAUUUGGAAUAGCAAUUGCCGGUAUCUCCCUCCCUUUCCUGUUUGGAGUUGCUUUAUCCUUCUUUCUACGCAAAGCAGUACAUGGAGAGGACAAGGUCGGUUAUGGCCAGUAUCUUUUGUUCAUGGGAGUUGCUCUCUCGAUUACUGCUUUUCCUGUUCUUGCCCGCAUUCUUGCUGAACUCAAACUGUUAACAACCCAAGUGGGACAGACAGCAAUGGCUGCUGCCGCAUUCAAUGACGUGGCCGCAUGGAUCUUGUUGGCUCUAGCGGUAGCACUCGCCGGAAAUGGUUCCACCGGGGACUCUAGGAGCCCAUUAACAUCAUUAUGGGUUCUGAUUUCUGGAGUUGCUUUUGUUGCUUUCAUGCUGGUUUUUGUCAGACCCAUGAUGAAUUGGGUUGCCAAGAAAUGCUCCCAGCCGCAAGAUUUUCUUGACGAAGCAUGCAUAUGUGUAACCCUAGCCGGGGUAAUGCUAUCCGGGUUUAUGAGUGACCUUAUCGGGAUCCAUGCAAUUUUCGGUGCUUUUGUCUUUGGUUUAACGAUUCCUAAAGAAGGGGAAUUUGCUAGGAGAUUGAUUAUAAGGAUCGAAGAUUUCGUUUCUGGUUUGCUUCUUCCACUUUACUUUGCUUCAAGUGGGUUAAAGACAGACGUGGCUAAAAUCCGAGGGGUUCAGGCUUGGGGACUGCUAGUGCUGGUUGUGUCGACGGCAUGUGCAGGAAAGAUUCUGGGGACCUUUGUGGUGGCUAUGCUGUGUAUGAUUCCAGCAAGGGAAUCUUUGGCUCUCGGAGUGUUGAUGAACACAAAAGGAUUGGUAGAGCUCAUAGUUCUAAAUAUUGGCAAGGAGAAGAAGGUUCUGAAUGACGAGAUGUUUGCUAUUCUAGUGAUGAUGGCAAUCUUUACCAGCUUAAUGACAACUCCAACAGUCAUGGCAAUAUACAAACCUUCACGUCGUGCUUGCCAAGUAGAAAGGCAAUCACCAAGUGAUGAAAAUUCACAUGGUAUGACUCGAAUCCUGGCCUGUAUCCAGGGACCUCAAAAUGUACCAGCACUUAUUAAUCUCAUCGACUCGACCACAAGUGCAAAGACAUCCCCUCUCAAGCUCUAUGUUAUGCAUCUUGUCGAACUCACCGAUCGCUCAUCCUCCAUCAUGAUGGUUCAACGCACUCGAAAGAAUGGUUUUCCUUUCAUCAACCGCUUCUCUCCAGGAACCUCCAAAGAUCAAAUAGAAGCUGCAUUUGAGGCAUAUGGUCAUGCUACUCCACUCACGAUUCGUCACUCCACAUCCAUCUCAGCAUUAUCGACGAUGCAUGAGGAUAUUUGCCAUGUAGCUGAAGAUAAAAGGGUAGCCAUGAUUAUCUUGCCCUUCCACAAGCAAUGGAGAGAAGGGGAAGAGGACGAGGAUGUGGGACUUAAAUGGAGAGAGGUCAACCAGAAUGUCCUUAAGAACUCACCAUGCUCAGUCGCCAUACUUGUGGAUUGUGGAUUCAGUGGCAUGGAUCAGGAGGCAUACGAUGGCACGGAUCAGGAGGUAGGAACUGCUACAACAAUAUACAGAAGGGUUUGCAUUUUGUUCUUGGGUGGUCCAGAUGAUCGGAAAGCUCUGGAGGUGGGUGCCAGGAUGGCUGAACAACCAGCUAUUACUGUGACUCUAAUAAGAUUCCAGGUGCAAGCUGGGUUGGAAAGUAGGAACUCAUCGAAUAAUUUUAGAGACAAGGAAAUGGACGAAGUUGCAGUAGAAGAGUUGAGAAGAAAGUGCAAUGGAUCAGUCAAGUAUGUGGAGAAGGAUGUUAACAAUGUAAGUGAGGAAGUGCUUAAUAUAGGGCAAAGUAGAGCAUUUGAUCUUUUCAUUGUAGGAAGGGAAGUUUCAGUAGCAAAAUUAGCAGACAAUCAGGCAGAGCAUCCAGAAUUGGGCCUCAUAGGAGAUAUUUUAGCUUCAUCGCACAAUGGCAUGGCACGCUCUGUGCUAGUGAUCCAACAAAACCUCCAACGUGCCAAUGAGCACCAAUGAGACCACAACCGUAUAAAAAACCGCUCAAGACAAGGAAGCCGAUUCUGUAAUCAUAAAUAAUGAAUCCUCUGAGUGCUAAAAUAAGGAACCAAUAAUUAAUUAUCGUUAUGGGUUUUGGUAUAUGAAUUAUCACUCUUAGCUCCCUUCAGCAAAUAAGAUUUAGUUGCCACCAGAUAUGUUGAUUCA